CCUUAUCGUCGCCAAUGUCGAGUGCGCACCUCAUGAACGUGGCCGAAGCCGUAGCGGCAAGACACGCGACGGCUUUAGGACAACCAUAUGAUAACCCACUGGAAGAAACUGCAGUGACAGAAGUACCAGCGUUACUGCCACUGACGCUCGAGACAAGCGCAAUGGCAGCGACUCUUUUGGCCGAAUUCGAAACGGAGUUUGCUACGCUGAGGAAAAAAUUUGAUUUGCGGAAGGAAGAGGUCGGAGGAGGAGGAGACUGUGCAAUGAAUCGCAAUAGUGUUUCAGAUAGAGUGGAUCAGGAGCCAUUUCCCGUAGCGGAAACACAAUUCAAGAAUAUCGUCGAGUUGCAGCAGCCUGCGAUGGAAACUACUAGCGGACGCGACGUACCAUCAGGCAGACAUUUUCAAGACGCAUCUUGUUGUUCACC